AUGACUGAAGAUAGCGGGGGGAAGAACCGAGGCGUCGCGACGGCAGCCGGAGAGCAGCCCCCGCCUCCUCCGCCCAAUUAUUACGGAACCUUCCAAGGUGUGGCAAACUAUCCACCUCAACCUGCCGUCUCUCCUCCUCCACCGUCUAACCAUGUCAUCGGUUUCCCUCAGCCCAUGCCUCCUGCUGGCCUCUCCGGCGUUCCGCCUCAUUACUAUCCUCAUGGAUAUCAAGCUGUUCCGGGUUAUGCUGUUGCUGAAGGUCGGCCCUUUAGAGAACAUAGGCUUCCUUGUUGUGGUUUGGGGAUGGGAUGGUUCUUGUUUAUAAUUGGCUUUGUACUCGGCGCUAUUCCCUGGUACAUUGGAGCUUUUAUACUGUUAUGCGUUCGGGUGGAUUACAGAGAAAAACCUGGACUUAUUGUGUGCACUCUGGCCGCAACUCUUGCUCUUAUUGCUGUUACUCUUGGUGUGACUAAGGCAACUCAUGCCUGGUGA